CUGCCGACUGCUAUCCAUUCCUCCUUGCAAGUUCCAAACCUUCCAUUGUCUUUUUAUAUAUGCCUGUAACUGUUUGUUAAUUCGCACGACAAGCGUGUUCAUAAAAUCUUCUGUAUAGAGUCAAUGGUUUAAUGCGACGAUAGCCAAAUUGCCUGGAGUACUUUGGUUUCUUUACUGACCUUCAAAUACGUCAACGCAUCAUGGGGAAAAUAUUUACAUCAGACGAAGUAUCGAAACAUAAGACCCAAGACAGUUGCUAUGUGAUAUUGUAUGGCGUCGUAUACGAUGUGACGUCGUUUCUCCCCUCCCACCCCGGAGGCGCCACGGCGAUCCUGAAUUUUGCCGGGCAAGAUGCCACGGAAGAAUUCGACCCGAUCCAUCCACCGGGAACAUUAGAAGAGGCGCUUCCACCAUCUGCCAAACUCGGCACCAUCGAUACGUCCACGCUUCCCGCGAAACUGGCCGAACCAUCAGCUCCUACUCCGCCAUCAGCUCCAUCCUCCCAACCCCGGAACGUCUGGUCCCCCGAGUCCGUCUCCGAUUGCCUCUCCCUCACCGAUAUCGAGACCCUCGCCACCAAGCGCCUCUCCUCCCGCGCCUGGUCAUAUUACUACUCCGCUGCCGACGACCUGCUCAGCAAGUCUCUCAACCAACUCGCCUACCAACGCAUCCUCCUCCGCCCACGCGUCUUUCUCGACGUCACCCGCUGCUCCCUCCGCACCCACCUCCUCGGCCGCCUCCCCGUCCAACUCCCCAUCUUCGUGUGUCCCGCCGCGAUGGCCCGUCUAGCGCACCCGGCCGGCGAGCACGGGAUCGCGCAGGCAUGUGCACGGUUCGGCGCCGCGCAGAUCAUCUCGAACAACGCGUCGCUCAGCCCCGAGCAGAUCGUCGACGGCGCGCCCGCGGAGCAGGUGUUCGGGUGGCAGCUGUACGUGCAGACCGACCGGCGGAAGAGCGAGGCGAUGCUGGCGCGGAUGGCGAAAUUGAAGAACGUACGAUUCGUCGUGCUAACGUUGGAUGCGCCGGUGCCGGGGAAGAGGGAGCAUGAUGAGCGGAGACAAGGGCCAGCGACGGCGUUGAAAGGGGCGACGGAGAGGAUCAGAGAGGAGAAUCCUGAUGUUGCAUCGUCAGGCCCGAAAGGCGGGGAAACCACCGCGGAUGGGGUGUCCAAUGUUGAAGGCGGCAACGCCGAAGGUGGGGUGGGAAAGACGCUCUUUGCAGGGACGGCGGCCGAUCUGACCUGGAGGACGACGCUGCCAUGGCUCGCGGGUCACACCGACCUUCCAAUCGUCCUGAAAGGGAUCCAGACGCACGAAGAUGCAUAUCUAGCCGCGAACCACGGGCCCCAGGUGAAGGCGAUCGCUCUGAGCAACCACGGCGGCAGGGCGAUGGACACGGCACCACCCGCGGUGCACACGCUGAUGGAGAUUCGCAAAUACUGCCCGGAGGUGUUUGAUAAAGUGGACGUGUGGGUGGACGGCGGCAUCAAAAGAGGGACCGAUGUGGUGAAGGCAUUGGCGUUGGGUGCGAAAGCGGUCGGGAUUGGUAGAUCUCCCUUGUACGGGCUAGGAGCGGGUGGGGUAGAGGGGGUUGAAAAGGUGCUCGAGAUUCUUCAAUCGGAGACACAAACGGCAAUGAGGCUACUAGGGGUCGAGACGGUUGACCAAUUGGGACCCCAACAUAUCAACACUCGUGCAUUGGAGAUGGAAAUCUACGACGGACCACCCAAUCUCGAAAACAGCUAUGGUAUGUGGCGACGUCUGGGGUGCCGUCCACGGUUGUGAUGCGAAGGAAG